GCAAAGAGGGCAUUCCACAUCUGGUCAAAUCAACCCCUAAAAAGGAAUAUGAAGAGCGGGGACUCGGUGCAGACAAGCCCGCUGAGCGUAUAAAAAGUGUCGAUCCCAUCCAAAUCCCAGAACUUGUCUCUUUCCCUCGUUCCCCGUUCACCUCACAGAACUGAUGCAGUCCAGCCCCCCACAGACAUUUCGUCCGUUCUCUGACGACUACUACGAUCCGCCGCAUGCCAGGACAUCCGCUGGUUCUAUAUGGGCUCCGAAGCAACAAGAAACAGAGUCUGUCUGGCCACCGCGUCUCGACGGCUUCUCGGGCAGCGGUGAAAAUUUAUCUAUCCCCGCGAACGCUUUACACGAUAGGUUUAGAGUGUUCGGAGGUGCCACGGGCCACAGCAAGGACAUGUUCGGCCCUGCGGGGAUCGUUAGUCCCCCUCGCAAAAAAGACAUUGGGGCCAUCGGAGACGGGAGGAAGAGGAAGAGCCCAGAGUUCGAGGAUAACCAUGUCGAACAGCUCUUGCGUGCUUUGAACUUGAACUCGCCUGUAGCUGGCGGUCAGGGUUCUGCAUGCUCUCCCCCUCGUGAGCAAUCAGCGGACGCGACCGGCGGCUCUCCGGACUUGUCUCCCACUUCGACCACGUCCACCCUCCUCACACCUACAGACCUUUCGCCCGCCAAGUCUCCAUUCGAGUUAAAACUGAAUGCACCCUACGAGGUACCUGCUGUACCUACUGUUAAUGUGUCUUCAUCUUCUCUCUUGCUCGAGCACGGCUUACCUUUGAGAAAUCGCGAAUAUAUGCUUUCCGCUACUCACAACAGCCCUCACGGGAGGGUUCUUGGUGCACACGUCCCAUACGUUGUGCCCUCCAACAGUUUUGCGUAUUUCGAUCACUACGCGGAAGACAGUACUGCCAUGCUCGGCAAUCAAUUGCUUCGUGAGGGGAUACUGCCUCAACUUGGUCAGCGACCAGACGCCGCUGCGACUUGGCGAGCUCAGCAGUCCUACAUCCCGGCCGACUGGUUGACGGAAGAUGCAUACAACAGACUCAACCUUUCGUCGGGUAUGGCCACGGAGGACUCGCCGAAGUCCUCUCUUCCCCAUAUAGCGCUUGCUUCUCGUCAAGACUCAGCAAUGCCGCUUUCUCACGAGCCCAUCAACUUCUUGUCCCUGCUUCAUCCCUCCUCCUCUCCCCCCUACCACGUCUUCGUAGCUCGCAUCAUCAAGUCUUCGGAUCAGCAAGCCUCGAUCUUUUUGCAACAGAAACUGAAAGUGGCCGAUGUUGAAGAGCGGCACAAGAUCGUCGAUGCGAUUUGCGCGCGAGGCUUCGAGAUGAUGUCACACCGUUUUGGAAAUUGGGCUGUACAGAGGUGCCUCGACGUCGCGGCAACGCCGGAAGAGAGGCGCAAGAUCGUUGCCUGCAUGAGAGGUCGGGUCGUCGAUCUCGCUACUAAUUGCUAUGGAUGCCACGUUCUCCAAAAGGCAUUGGAUUGCGAGGAAGAUAUUAGGCUUUUGAUCGUCUCGGAACUUCUUCUUGGAGAUCCUGCGUUGACGCUGACGAACAAACACGCCUCCCAUGUUUGGAGUAAGAUCAUGGAGCUGACCUGGACACCUCCGGCGCCUCCGAUCUUUGCAUACGUCAACAAGUCUUUGAAGGGCAAGUGGGCCUCGCUUGCUUGCCACGAGACGGGUUCUCUUGUCGUUCAGCAUGCGUUUGAGAACCUGGAAGAGUCCGCCAAAGACGGUAUCGUUGACGAGUUGCUCAAUCAAGGUCCUGCCGUUUUUGCUGAGAUUUGUAAGAACCAAUGGGGUUCGUACUGCAUCCAACACAUUCUCGAGCACGGUUCGCAAAAGCAUCGUCAGAUGUGCCUCGACCAUCUCAUCAACGAUUUGCUCGACUUCGCUACCAAUGAACAGGGAUUCAAGUCUGUCACGCGGGCGUUUAAGGAGGCUGACUCUGAGACCACGGCGAGGAUGGUAAAGAGGAUGUGCGAACCAGCAAAAGGGGGUCGCCGUGCCAUGAUCGUGGAUCUCGCCCUUUCGGUCACUGGAAGUCAACUGAUUGCAAGCAUCUUGCCCCAGGCUGACAACGACCAACGCGCCCUUUUGUAUGAUUGUAUUCGGGGCCACAUCGUGACUUUGCGCGGCUGCAAGACCGGCUCAAAGGUUAUCUGGCUAUUCGACAGGAUGCGUGCGUACUAUGGCUACUAAAGACAUGAUGGACCUUCAUAUAUUCCAUGGCCGAGGGGUAUCCGUCGACUCCGCGUUCUGCCUUGGCCCUUUUCAGGUUCAUAUCUAGGAGCAAGCCUCGGUUUAUCUUCCCUAUCCAUCACGGAAACUACGAU